CAUUUCUUGGAGAAAGAAAUGACAACUGCAGGAAGUAAGCAGGCAAAGUUAAGAGGGCUCAGUCUGCUUUUGUGUUUUGCGGUGUCUAGACAACAUGACAGCUAAUGUCAUGGCUAGGUACGCCAUGGAAAUACUGUGUACAAAUUAUGGCUCACUGGAAUAUAGUGAACUGCUCCGACAAGUCCAGCAGUACUUUUGUAUGAAAGCGCAGUACUUUUGUAAGGGAGAUGACCAAGAGUUAGAGCUAUCCGAAGACAGUCAUUUUCUGGCUACUUAUGGGAAGGGUGGUCGUCCAUCCAAGGACAGUAAAACAAUCGUAGCUGUCACUUUUCUCCGUGUUUGUAGACAGUUCUGUUCUAAGGAUGGCUGCAGCAAUAGAUUUUGUUCUGAGUUACACCUGUGCCGCCGUUUCGUUUAUGGAAAUUGUAGGUUUAACACAAGAAGAAGAGGAUGCAGGUAUCCACAUGAUUUCCGCUCCGAGCAUAAUAGAAGACUUUUAAUUCCCAGUGACCUUUUAUACCUGGGUGACAGUCAUCUACGAGUGCUGCUACUUCAGAAUGACCCGUCAUUGCUGCCAGGGGCGUGUCAUCUUUACAACAAAAGCAAUGGAAAUGAUGAAGCUUGUACUUUUGAAAAAUGCCAAAGACUGCACAUCUGUCAGCACUUUCUCAAUGGAAACUGUAGAUAUGGUGACAAGUGUAAGAGGUCCCACGAUUUUGGAAAUGUAUAUAGCUUGCUGGAGGAACAGGGAUUUGAACACAGCUUAAUACCUAAUCUGCUGUCAUUGUAUCAUAACAGUUAUUUGAUUAAUAACCCCAACUAUGCUAAGCCUAAAGUAGAACCAACAACCUGGGGUCAUCAGGUACCUGUAAACUCCAAGAGAAAUGCAGACAGUGAAGAAAUCUGUUUGAACUACCUUGCUAAAAAUUGUCGUUAUAAAGCAAAGUGCUUCAGGCAUCAUUAUUCCUUACCAUAUAGAUGGCAAGUUUUUAAUGGCAGCAGAUGGGAAGAUCUUUCUAAUAUGGAGCAGACUGAAAAAGCUUAUUGUGAGCCUAGCAAUUCUAAAAGUGCUGGAUUACAAUGUAUUGAUUUUCAGAAGAUGAUUUGUGAUUAUAAUCAAGUUAGGCGUUUAUCUACUCCAUCCUCUGUCACUAAACCUCCACAUGUCAUCUUAACAACAGUUUGGAUCUGGUACUGGAAAGAUGAAUAUAACAUCUGGGCUGAAUAUGGCAAUCAGGGUGAAAACCACCAUGCUUCAACUGUCACCAGCAGAGACCUGGAGAAGGCUUACCAGGAAAACAAUGAUGGUGUGAUAUCAUUUCAUGCUGGAAGAUAUAAGUAUGAACUUCGCUUCAAAGACAUGAUACAAGAGAAUAAAUCACUCAGAACUCAGAGGGAAGUACAACGCAGGCCAAAAUUUGUUUCUGCACAAGAUUUGGAUGAUAUAAGAAAAAGGGUAGAUGGAGUGGGAGAAAGUGGUCAGGCAGGAUCCACUCAGAUGAAGAGUGUGCCUUCCAAUUGGGACAAAUCAGCAUUGCCAGAAGUCGGAUACAAGCUUGUUCCAUUGUCUGAGUCAUCAGGAGAAUAUAAUGAAAUAAAGACAUUAUUCAAAAAGAGCAUGGAUUCCAGCACCAUCCAGAAGAUAGAAAGGAUUCAGAAUGUGACCCUUUGGGAAGUUUUCCAGUGGCAAAAAGAGCAGAUGAAGAAAAAUAAUAAUGGAAGGGACGUUGAUGAGAGGCUGCUGUUUCAUGGCACGGAUGACUCAAUUGUAGAUGCCAUAUGCCAUCAAAACUUUGACUGGAGAAUUUGUGGAGCCAAUGGAACAGCUUAUGGGAAAGGAAGUUACUUUGCAAGGGAUGCUUCAUAUUCCAAUGGCUUUACAAAUUCAACAUCAGGCUCCAGAAUCAUGUUUGUAGCCCGAGUGCUAGUAGGGCAGUUUGUGGAAGGGUCCUCAAGCUAUUUACGUCCUCCAUCCAAGAAUGGGAAGGCCAACAUUUUCUAUGACAGUUGUGUGAAUAAUGUGUUCAACCCUUCUAUCUUUGUUAUCUUUGAAAAGCACCAGAUUUAUCCCCAGUACCUGGUUAAGUACUGUGACAAAGCUGUAGCACCUGCAGUUCAUAUUAAACGUCCCAGCAUUGUUACUCAAAGUACUGCACCUGCAUAUCAUAGUAAUUUCCAGAGAGUUGCUGCUCAAAGCACUGCACCUGCAUAUCAUAUUAAUAGGCCUAGCUUUGUUUCUCAAAGUGCUGCACGUACAAAUCAUAUUACUAGCCCCAGCAUUGUUCCACAAAGUACUGCACCUGCAUAUCAUAUUAAUAGCCCCAGGGUUGUUUCUCAAAGUACUGUACCUGCAUAUCGUACUAGUAGCCCCAACGUUGCUUCUCCAAGUAAAAACAGUUCCUGUCUCAUAUGCUAAUCUGCUGCAUAUUUUCCAUCCAUCAGUUAUACCACUCCUGGAAAUUCUGGAACCCUUUAUUUCUGGCACUUAUUCUGCUCCUAACAUUUAUGUUACUUCUGAAAAUUCUGGAUUUCAUAUUUCUGGCACAUAUUCUGCUUCCUGAAGUUAUGUUACUCCUGGAAAUUCCAGUACUUUGGGAAUACAGAUAAAUGUUUCUAGUAGUUCUGGCAGUGUUUUUUCCUUCUUUUUACAGAUGGUGUUUUUAUUACCUUUGUUUUUUCUAGUGAUGCAAAUGUUCUAUAUAUUUUAUAAAUGACUUGUGUGUAAUCGAAGUAACAUAAUUCUAAAAUUUUGUAAGUAAUAAUGAAAUUUCAGAAGCAUUUUUAAGCCAUAAAACAAAUUUGCAGGUUUUAUUACUUUUUUAUAAUGGAUACUAUUGCUAGACAUUCUUAGAUUUGUAAAGAUUUCUAUUUAUCUAUUAAUUUAUUUGUGAAUUGGGUAAAUGGAGUGAUACAAAACACUUUUAACCCAUGACCUGGACCACUGGCAAAAGUCCACUGUGCAAUAACAAUCACAACAUAGGCCUUAACAGUGACAAGAAAUAAAAUGAAAUGAAUAAAAGAAAAAAAUACACUGCAUGAUAUAUGACACAUAUUUUUUAUUUUGAAAUCAUGUUCAUACACCAUAAUUGGCAGGAGAUCCCAGAGUUAAUGAAUACUGCAACAGUGAAAAGAGGGAAUUCUACUGUUAUGGUAAGAUUUAACACAACUGUACUUUCUCCUACUUAUUAUUCCUUAGAAAAUGCACAUUAAUGCAGAACCUAUUGCUACUGUUUUUUGUAAAUGAAUCACUGAAGGUUACAUUCAAUAUCCCCUAUGGAAUAAUGGUACAGUCUUGCAGCAGAUGAUUCUGGUCUCAGCAGAAAAAAAAAAUGACAGUGAAAUUAAAUCUAAUUCCCUAGUCUCAUUCCUAUCCUUUCCUGAUCAUCAUCAGCAUCAACAGCAGUAAUGCUGGUUGACAGCGUCAUUUCUUUAACAUAACAGCAGUAACACAUAACUACAAUACAUCUCAAUUGUCCAUGAUUUUGCCUCAUAUUUUUAUCAUGUUCCUCUUAAAAUUUUUGACUUUCUGGUGUGUGCGUGUGUGUG